AUGAUUCAAAAUACUGCUUUGUGGAAGUCAUGUUCCUUGACAAUUCUCUUAGUAAAGUGUGUGCUGAGCCUGGCUAGAUUUAAUGGUGAAUGGCCGUGUAGUGAGGAGCGACUGGUUUAUUCAAGUUAUGCCUACCAUUCAAAAAUAAAGGGAUAUGGCAUUAACCUCUCUUACAAACACAAUAACCCUGUUCUACUCUAUCACCCAUGUACAGCAGAUUACUUUGAAGAAACGAAUCCUCCAGCCAUAUACCUUGGGAAAAAAGUCUUCCUCAGCUUAGAUGGAUUUGAGAGUAGCCUCUUGCCAUUGACCAUCUCAAAUUAUUAUGUGACCUCACCUGCUAUAGUCAGUGCUGUUGUCUUUGUGGAAAACUCUCGAAUACUCCUAGUAAUAAAUGAAAAAGUCUUUCUGUUUUUAUAUUCAACAUUGGAAGGCUUUAAAAAGUCAAAAGGUAUUGAUCGUCCAGUUACUGAAAUCACGAAUAUAGACUGCUGCUUUUCUGCAGAGGACCCUGUAUGCAGGAGAGUUGGCAAUACCAUUAUAGCUUAUAAACCAGAAGAUCCAACUGAUUAUAGCAACAUCUUUUUCUCCAAAGAUGGAGGAUACUCAUUUAGCAGAAUAUCCAAUACCCCAAGUUCCAGCACUGCCAUUAGGGCCUACAAUUUCAUAUCUUUGUCACAAAUUGCAGUGUUCACCAACGCAACAGUGGGGUAUAGGGAAUCUUCCUAUUUCAUAUAUGGUGGUGCUUUAUAUAUGAACAACCGCAAAGGUUCACUAUUUUGCCUGGAACCAUGUGAAAACGAGACAAUCAUCAGCUUAAUUCCGCCAGGCCUCAGGGGCUUUAUCAUCCUUUGGACAAACAACUCUCUCCUAUUCUCCUUUAACAAUGGCCUUACCGUAGAACCCAUCACAGUGCAUCCUACAGAAAAAUAUGGCAACAAGUCAUUCCUUUUACAUGGUAAAGGCUUUUGUAAUGUGGCCGUCCGCACAAAUGAAAUUGCAGCCAUCACAAAUGAUUUGAAGCUUUUCUAUGGUAGCCUGGAUAUGGUAUCCACAAAGAUGGUACAUAUUGGAGAUGCAGACAUUAAUGCCACUGAUGACUUCUGUGAUGCAUUGACGUUUGUGAGUACUGGAAUGAUUUUACUCUUCCACCCUGUUCGGAGCAAUGAAUCUGAAUAUUAUAAUUUUGAAAAAUGUACCAUCAACAUACAAGACACACUCAUGACUUUGCAGCCACCACUGCAGCCCUGUCCUGUAGAGAUCCUCAGUGGUGAUUUCCAUAACAAAAUGUAUUACCUUGAUAUGAAACAACAGCUUCAUUUUAAUGUCACAUUUGUGCCCAAGGCAGGCACGGGGGCACAUCCCUAUGUAACUGUAAGCAAUCCUCAUGUUCUGGCAUUCCAGGCACAUAUAGUGGAAGAUGGAUAUACAUAUAAUGGAAAUACCAGAUACAGCAUGAAAAUUAGGCUACUGCAGCAACAAUUUUCAAAUAUGGCCCGACCUGAAUUUCAAGAAGAUAUUUACAUAGGCAGACUAUCUACCAUCACUGUGGAUAUAUACAACAAAGGCAUAUUCUGUAUUGACAUGCAUCCAUUGACAGCUCUUAUUGCUGUGGACUGUCCACCUAAGAAACAUAUCAGAAUUGUUAAGACUACAACAGCAUGUAGUAAGGGUCUCUUUAAGAAUGUAGUACUGCAGAAUAAUUUCAGUUACUCAGUUAAUCACAAUGUAUACGAUCCUACAUUUCAUGGCAGACAGCAUUUAUCACAGGAAGACCUUAACGUAACUUAUCGCUACGACCUUUGGGGAUGUCCUCUUCUCCUAUAUUAUGAUAGUCCAUGGCUCCCACUUCUUGAGCUAUGGGACAAUGAUGAAUUUGUAGAGUAUGUAUCUGCUGAUUUUGUACUCUUUGAAAUUAAUGGAAUGCACAAUUAUGAUUAUCUUCUGACAGAAGUAGAGGCUAACUGUGUAUCUCAGGCUCAGAACUGGACCACACUUUUAAAUUAUCCUGAAGCCGAACCACAUAAUGCAUGGUCCAGGUAUAAUUAUCAAAGUUGCAAGGAACCUAGAGGAAAUGAGUCAUUACCAUCAGCUUCCUCCAUCUACCAGGUAUUGAACAAAAAUGAAAAGAACAGAAUAUUAUUCCAACAGUACAAUGGCAUUUAUGUCUUCAAAGUCAUUGUUGUAGAUGCAUUUUAUAGCUACUGUGACCUAACAACAGUUUUCAGUGUUUAUGUGCACGGUGCCCUCCCCAAGUCUGAGAUCAAUGCUGGGAAAACACUAGUCAGCUUUCUGGUUCUCAUUUUUGGCACAAUCUUAAUGGUAUACUACUUUCCUAAAUUACUGAAGGAAAAUGCAAGAAUGAAAUCUAUUUGGACCUAA